UAAUUUCAAUGUAUCAUAGUUUGCUUGAUUGUCAGAACAGCAGAAACGAGGCAUGGGCUAACUAUGUAGAGCACUAGCUAAAUGUAUACCUAGCUAGACAGCUACUACCUAGCUAACAGUAGGUUUGAUUGACACCAAUAUUCAACCUAUUGCGUACCUCCUGUCACAAUGACGCAGACAGACCCACAUCAGGAGCAGUCAGAGUGUCUCUACCUGGAAUUAUCAUCCCAAAACGAGCAGCCCUCUGUUCCCCUACACACCUCCAUCUCACUCUUCCUCCUGUCUUACUGCGAGUGCACAUCAUUCAAAGUCUUCCUCGUCUCUGCCAAGCCUGACACACAAAGCUCACAGUCCUGGAAGUCACAGGUACCAACGUCUUUAGCUGUCUCGAUGGUCCAUGUCAAGGACCUGCCUGUGUUGGUGAGGGGCUGCCGUCUCCCCGCCGUACUGGAUGAGACUGGGAGGUACUGCAGGGCCGGGCUGGCUGUGGUGCUCAGGCAUAUUAUAGACAGGACCUGUGAGGCAGACCCCAGAAGGAAGGAUGCAGCAUCACUGCUAGGGUUCAAGAAGACCUGUCUGAAGGCCUGCGCUGAGGUGAGCCAGUGGACCAGGCUGUGUGAGCUCAGUAUCCCCUCGGCCGUGGAGGCCCACCUCCGGCAGCCCACUAACCCAUCCCUGCACCUCCCCUCUGCCCUCCUCAACCUUGAAAAGACACUAGGCGAGCCCGUCAAGGUGCACAACGAUGACAAGAUCCGCCGGCAGAAGCUCCAGCAGCAGCAGAAGAACCACCAGAAGAAAAUCUCUCAGGACCUCCAAGAGGACCAAGGGACAGACGUCACCCAGCCCCAGGAUUCGCAGUCUGCCAACGGGCUAGAACUCCAAGCAGCCUUGGCCAAGCUGUAUGUGGAUAGUGGUGCAGUUCCGUCCACGACCAUUAGGGAGAGCUCUGACAUCAGGAAAGUGAAGACCACAGAGCUGCCGCAGCUGGAGCAUGUGUUUGCCGAGGGGCUGUACUUCACUCUGACUGAUGUGGUGUUGCUACCUUGUAUCCAUCAAUACCUGAGCUCCCUCCAGAGCCACAACGCCAGCGCGCUAUCCCAGCUGCCUCUCUUGCUGCGCUGGUACCUCCAGGUCCAGGAAGUCCCCGGGGUCCCCAGGGCGGCCCAGGCCUGUGGGAUGGCCCUCUCCACCCCCAAGGCCCUCACUACCGGCCCCCCAACCAUAGCCGAAACACAACAGUCCAGCCAAGCAAAUCAGGAAAGCCUGGAGAUGACGAUGAAGGAGGUGCACUUCGUUGGAGGCCCCAGGCCCACGAUGACUAAACUCAAAGAGAGGGGUAUUGAGGCCGUCUUCUCACCUCAUCCUUGCCCCUCCUGGACCCUCCCCUGGGACAGCUUACCGGAGGCCGUCAACCCAACUGAAGGGAAGAUGUCUGACGUCCGCGCCGCGAGGAAACGGCAGCAGCUGAACAACCUGGUCGCCAUGGCGACGGAGCUGGCCCGACCGGGGGACACAGUGGUGGAUUUCUGCAGCGGAGGGGGCCACGUCGGGAUCGUUCUGGCUCACACGCUGCCCGACUGCCAGGUGAUCCUGAUAGAGAACAAGGAGGAGUCUCUGGUUAGGGGGAAGGUGAGGAGUGCUGAACUGGGCCUGACCAACAUAGGCUUCAUCCAGGCCAACCUGGACUACUUCACUGGACCCUUCCACAUAGGGGUGGCCCUCCAUGCGUGUGGCGUUGCGACAGACAUGGUGGUAGAGCAGUGUAUCCAGGCGGGAGCGACCUUCGUGGUCAGCCCCUGCUGCUACGGCUUCGUCCAGAACACACUGAAGUUCACCUUCCCCAGGAGCAAAAGGUUUCUGGAGACACUGAGUUACAAGGAGCACAUGAUCCUCUGCCGCUUCGCAGACCAGACAGCUGUCCAGCUGCCUUCAGAACGACGCUUAAUAGGUAAACAGUGCAUGGGCCUGGUGGACCUGGACCGCUCCUGGGCAGCAGAGACUCAUGGGUACUCUGUCAGGGUGAUGACCAUGGAGCCAGACAGCUGCUCCCCCAAGAACAACAUGCUGGUGGGUGUUGCUGGAGGUGGGGCUGGAGGGGACAACUAUGCCACACAGUAAACCAGAGGCAUGUUCAGUUGGCACCCAAAGGAAGGUUGAAAAACAAAAGGAACUACCUCGACUUGUCCAAUAAGAAGACAGAUUUACGUUUGUUGUUGCAAAAUGGUUUGCUACGGUUUUGCCCUAAUGAUCACGACCCAGGGUUGUGUUCAGUCGGGAGAAAACGUCUUGAAACCAAGUGAAUCAGGGAGGGAGGGACUUGUAAGAAGAACAUAGAACAGGACCCAACAUACAGUCCGUUUCAAACUGAGAAUACAGCACUGUAAGGAAACAAAAAGCAUCAGUCGCUGGACCAAGAUACUAAGUCAAAUCAAUCAUCUCGGAGGAGUUGAGGGAUUUGUCUUGAGAUCAGAGAAGAAUGAAUCACCCUGGUUGAAUUGAUGAUGAUGAUAUUUGACCUAUAAUCAAGAAAAAGCCCUUUAGACCCUUUUCCCUAAUGAUGAUCUGGGGCAGGUGUCCAAGUGUUUCGUUCUCUUGGAAUGGUUUUAUAGGUAUUGGAACUGAGCAAUGUCUUUAUUUUAUCCCUUAAAUGAGUUUUAAUGAGCGGGCAAUUAUGUGGAUAUUGAAUUAAUAAACACACUGGAACUUGAGUAUAUUCCAAAAGUCUUGUACAAUGUUUAUUUUUAACCAUUUACUUUGCUCUAUUACUUCAUCCACACCAGGGCUCGCAACUGUUGAUUUGAUAUACAUUUAGGUCACUGCAUUAUGUAGCUGGAUUGAUAUUUUAGUUCUGUUUCAAACCUUAGUUCUGUUUCAAAAGUGUCUUAACUCGUAAAGCCUGCUUCUUACCAUUUCUAUUUUCUAUUUUUUGCCAAAACUAUUCUUGUCUGCCCCAACAGGAUUUACAUGAAGUAAAAUGAAUGUUCCUACCUCAAAACAGGGGGAAAAUAAAUUGAUCAUAUUUCCACA